AUGCUCUCACUUCGUUCCGUGGCAGGUAGAGCCUCACUGUGGAAAGCCAGUAUGAUGAUCGGAUCCGGUAUCAGAGGCACUAUGAUCAAUACAGAUCCAUUGAUUAAUCAUCGUCAUCACCAAGAUAAUGUUUACUCUUCUGUAACGAAAACUAAAUUCUUUCCAAUCAUGACAUACACGAACCGAAGCUUUUGCCAAAAUUCCUCGCUUCUCAAUACUGCUGGAGAUUCACAAACUUAUAAAAGUGGUGAAGAGGUGAAAACAGACACGGAAUAUUUUGCUUGCUUGGCAUCCGUAGUGGAUUCCUGUGAAAAAUCUGCAAACAAGGAUGCUUUGAUUUACUAUUUAAAGGAGCUUCUCGACAAAAGGAUGCGGAAACCUUGA